AUGGACUACAACUUAGUUCGCCGUGGUCGUUAUGCGGCCAUGGACAAAGACAAAAAAGAUGCUUUGCUUCAACGUAGAAGGGAUGCUUAUGCUGCAAAGAAAAACACUUCCCAUGUUCCAAAGGAUAGCACUGAACCUGCCUAUCAAACUGAGCUAUAUACACAUAAGGCAGGAAACUCUGCAUCUGGUUCACCAUCUACAUUGCAACAGAUAGACGUAUCUGCUCUUGCAUCUAAGGUGUCACAUGCUGAUCAGCAGAGCCUUAUUGAAGCUUCUGCUCCUCUUAUGCGUCGACCAAAGAAGUAUAGGAGCCGUCGCAUAAAGCAUUCUUGUGAUAUUCCAUCUGCUUCGCAGCAAAUGAAUGCAUCUGCUUCUAUCCCUGAGUCGUCUGAUAACCAUGAUGCCCAAUUGCCCGUGCAUACCCAUGAAUUAGCUGAUCUUUUUGACUCUAUUGCAAAUCGCUUGAAUUCUAAACUUGAAACCCAGUCAACUCCUCACCACCCUUAUUCCUCUAUUUCUCCCUCUUCUGUACAACCAUCAUUGGAAGUUCCUGCUGUUCUGCCUAUAGAGGAAGGUACCUGUGUUAUUGGUCUAGAUAAUGCUCAGCCAUUCGAGUCUCAAAACAGACCAACCAUUGUCGUAAAUACAUCUGUUCCUUCCAGAGGGAAACGGAAAAAAACCUCAUGCUUGGAUAAGAUUCCAGAUAGCCCUCUUGUGCUACCACAAGCUCCGGACUGUAAACAUUGUGGAGCAAAAAGAUUUCAUUUAGAGCCCCCCAAUUUCUGUUGUUCCGGAGGAGAGGUUUCUGUCGUCAUCCCAGUCAUGCCUUAUAGCCUUUACCGUCUUUUUUCUGGUGUGGACGAGGAAUCAGUGGAGUUUAGGAAAAACGCUCGUACCUACAACAAUAACGUGGCUUUUACAUCCUUUGGUGCCAAAUAUGACCAUGAAUUAACAAAAAAUACCAAGGGAGUUUACACCUUUCGAGUUCAGGGACAGGUCUACCAUCUACUGAAUGGCUUAGUUUCUCAGAACAGUCAACCAACAGGGAUUCAGUUGUACUUUUAUGAUCAAGAAGAGGAAUUGUCUAAAAGGCUCAGCAGCUCACCCAGGUUACGCGAGAGUACCCUCCGUCUCUUAAUGCGAAUCUUAGAGUCUAACCCUUACACUAAGUUCUUUAAGAACCUUCGACAUGUUAACAAUCUUGAAGAUCAUAGGAUCGUUCUUAAUUGUAACCCUGAGCUGGAUCAAAGGGUAUAUAACUUGCCCACUUCGUCUCAAGUUGCUGCAAUUUGGACUGAAUCUGAAGAUGAGGCACUUGAAAGAAAUGCUCACAUUCAAGUUUAUACCCACUCAAAUACCAGCCAUAGGAUACAACACUACUUUUCAUGCUAUGAUACAUUGCAGUAUCCUCUCCUGUUUCCACGUGGUGAGUCCGGUUGGCAUCAUGGUAUCUUAAGGAAUUCUGUUUCUAGGAAACGAAAAAGAAGCUCUUCGGAUGAUGUUGAUCUUCCUGAUGCUUCUUUAAUAGGGACUGCAUCAGACCUUAUUCGCCUAGAACAGGAAGCUGCUGAGCGUGGAAAAAAGGAACGCCAAACUGUCUCUGCUAGGGAAUAUUAUUGUUACUUGCUUCAGAUGAGAGAAGCGGAUAGGUCCAUGUUGUUGCACACCGGCCGGUUAUUGCAACAGUUUGUUGUGGAUAUAUAUGUUAAGAUUGAGACAUCUAGGCUUGACUUCCAUAGAAAAAACCAGAAUGAUAUUAGAACAGAAAUUCUCCAGGGUGUCAGGGAUAGUAUAGCUGCAGGAAAAAGUGAGGGGAAACAAGUAGGCCGGAGGAUAUAUCUUCCAUCUUCCUUUAUUGGCGGCCCAAGAGAUAUGCGGCGGCGUUAUGUAGAUGCAAUGGCGUUAGUUCAAAAAUUUGGCAAACCAGAUCUGUUCAUUACUAUGACAUGCAAUACCCAAUGGAAAGAGAUUCAAGAAAAUUUAAAAUAUGGAGAAUCGGCACAGGAAAGGCCAGAUCUGGUUUCUAGGGUAUUUAGAGCAAAGUUUGAGAUGCUCAAGGCUGAAAUACUCAAGAAAAAAAUAUUCGGUGAAGUUGCAGCGUGCGUUCAUGUAAUUGAAUUCCAGAAAAGAGGCCUUCCCCAUGCUCACAUACUCUUGAUUCUUAAGCCUGAAUAUAAGCUGUUAAGUCCAGAAGCUUAUGACCGAAUUGUUUCUGCUGAGAUCCCAGAUCCAGAUAGCCAAAAAUAUUUAUACUCUCUUGUUGUCAGGCAUAUGAUGCAUGGUCCUUGUGGACCAUUGAAGCCUGAUAAUGUUUGCAUGAAAAAUGGGUUUUGCAAGAACCAUUUUCCAAAAGAUUACUGUGACUUCACUGUCCAUUCAGAAGAUUCCUAUCCACAUUAUAGACGUCGAAGGAAUGGUCCAACUGUAAGAGUGCGCAAACAGUUAUUGGAUAACCGCUGGGUUGUCCCGUAUAAUCCUUACCUUCUUGCGCUGUUUGAUUGCCACAUGAAUGUUGAGGUUUGCUCAAUUGUCAAGCUGGUCAAGUAUUUAUACAAAUAUGUCUACAAGGGCCAUGACCGUGUAAGCUUUCAUGUUCAUUCUGGUUCUGGCCCUGAAGACAUUGACGAAAUCAAUGAGUUCCAGUCCGGAAGAUGGGUUGCUGCUGCAGAGGCAUUUUGGCGUAUCUACAGAUUUUCACUAAAUGAAAUGACUCCCUCUGUUUACACUCUUCAAUUACACCUUCCAGGACAACAAAUGAUUUCUUUCCAUAAAAAUACUGAUCUUGCUGACCUUUUGGACCGUGCCGCUUUUAAAAAGACCAUGCUUACGCAGUUUUUUCGUAUGAACCGAACCAAUAAAGCAGCUCAGAAGCUUAAUUGCUUGUACCGUGAAUUUCCUGAAUUUUUUGUUUGGAAACCAAAGAAAAAAAAAUGGUCUCAGAGGAAACGGAAAAAGGUGAUUGGUAGAAUGGUGACUGUAAGUCCAAUUGAAGGUGAACGUUAUUAUCUUAGGCUGCUACUGUCUCAUGUUCGUUCUCCCAAAUCCUUUAAGGAUCUUUUGACUAUUAAUGGCAAGCUCGCAUUAUCGUAUAGAGAGGCUGCCUUUCAGAUGGGUCUUCUCCAAUCUGAUACUCAUGUAGAGGACACUCUUGAUGAUGCAGUGGCAUUUCAAAUGCCAUAUUCACUGAGGACUUUAUUUGCAAUUUUGUUGGUUUACUGUUCGCCCAGUGAUCCAAAGUCAUUGUGGGAAAAAUAUGAGGCUGCCCUGUCUUCUGAUUUUGAAAGAAAUAAAGAUCUUUCUGGUUAUGAUUCAGAAGAAGUUAGGAGGCGUGUUCUGCAAGAUAUUAAUAAAAUGUUGGAACAGAUGGGAAAAAAUAUUGGUGAUUACCAUCUUGUGCCUGACAACUUUCGCCUUGCUCCUGAUGAACAAGUCGCAAAAGAAAUUCAGAAUGAACGGAAUAUUCCAUUUACUGAGGAGGACUUACUUUUGUCUUCGAAGUUGAACAUAGGUCAGAGACAUGCCUAUGAUGUUAUUAUGUCUGAAGUUCUCUCCUCAGGGAGUAAAAGUUUUUUUGUUGACGGGCCUGGUGGAACAGGAAAGACAUUCCUUUAUCGUUCCAUUCUUGCAACGCUCAGGUCUCGUGGUCUCAUAGCAAUAGCUGUUGCUUCGUCUGGUGUGGCUGCUUCCAUUCUUCCGGGAGGCCGGACUGCGCACUCACGCUUUAAAAUUCCUUUGGAUGUGUCCGCAAACAAAAUUUGCCAGAUUAGCAAACAAAGCUCUGUUGCAAGGCUGAUCACGCUUGCUAAGCUAAUUCUCUGGGAUGAAGCGUCCAUGACUAAAAAAGAUACUGUUGAAGCAUUUGACUUGCUACUAAAGGAUGUCAUGGAUUCUAAUAAACCUUUUGGAGGUAAGGUUGUGGUUUUUGGAGGUGACUUCCGACAAACCUUGCCUGUUAUACCAAAUGCUUCAAGGGACCAACAGAUUGAGGCUAGCUUUGUUCAUUCACCUUUAUGGAGAACUCUUCAAAAAAUAACUUUAGAGGAGAAUAUGCGCGCUAUUUCAGAUCGCCAAUACUCAGAGUUUCUUUUGAGAGUAGGAGAGGGACGUGAGCCAGAAGAUGACGAGGGGAAAAUAUCUUUGCGUAAGGACAUAUUAAUUCCAUUUGAUACUAAAGAUGCCUCGCUUAAUAGGUUGAUAGGCUUCGUCUUUUCAGACCUGCAUGCUUAUUCGAUCGAUCCAUACGCAAUGAUCAGCAGGUGUAUCCUUACGCCGAAGAAUUCCUGUGUUGAUGACAUCAAUGAUGUGCUCAUUGAUCGUUUCCCUGGACAAGCUUUUGUUUUCAUGAGUACAGACAGGACUCUCAAUGAAAAAGAUCAGGGAGAUUAUCAAGACUUCCUGAACUCUUUGAAUCCAAAAGGAUUACCCCCCCAUAAAUUAGUCUUAAAGGAAAACUGUCCGAUCAUUCUGCUUAGGAACCUAAAUCCCGCAGAGGGAUUGUGCAACGGAACAAGGCUUAUUUGCAAACACCUUAGACAACAUGCCCUUUGUGCAGAAAUUGCAGUAGGCCAACAUCGGGGCAAGAGAGUGAUUCUGCCUAGGAUUCCCCUUCAAACAUCUGAUAAUGAAAAAAAUGGCAUUCCUUUUAAACGAACACAGUUUCCAGUGAAGCUAUGCUUUGCCAUGACCAUCAAUAAGUCACAGGGCCAGACAUUAGAUCGAGUUGGUAUCUAUCUACGUGAACCCGUGUUCUCACACGGACAGUUAUACGUUGCUUUGUCUCGGGCUAAAAUGUCCAGUGCAGUUAGAGUCCUUAUAAUGCCACCAACAUUUUUUGCUACUAAAACUGUACCUGAAUCUAAAACAAGGAAUGUUGUCUACCGUGACAUCCUUGAAUUAGCUGCUAAAUGA